CUCGUUCCAGCUCUCUGAGAUAAACAAGAAUGCGCUACUCUUCUCGCUUUAUUCGGAAAGACACCAUAUUAGUCUUGUUGCGUGUUUGUGUUAACAUUGACACUGAGCAAUUGAGGCAAAAUUCUACGAAUUGGAUGGACAUGCUUUGUUACCGAUCACGAGGCAAUGGACAGGGCGUUCCAAGCAGAUCUGCUGGAAAACAAACUAUUCUUGUUAUAACAGAACAUGAUGUCAGUAAAAAUCUUUACAUUCUUUUGACAGCAUGUCUGAGGAAGUUAAUGUUGAGGAUCUUAAAGAAUUCAAACGGCUCACUCUCGUUGAAGAAGUCCAGAGCAUUUUGCAAAAGUACCCAGAUGAUGGUCAAAUUUUUAAGGAAAUAAUUCAAAAUGCUGAGGAUGCUGGUGCAACAAAGCUGAUUUUCAUUUACGAUAAAAAUGACUAUCGUUUUCAAGAUGGUGAAUAUUCUUACCCUGGUUUAUCAAAGUAUCAGGGACCGGCAUUGUAUGCAUACAACAAUGCAAGAUUCACUGGAAAUGACUGGAAAGGCAUUACAUCAUUGGGUACCAGUAAUAAGUUAAGAGAUCCACUCAAAGUUGGCCGAUUUGGCUUGGGAUUUAAAUCAGUUUUUCACUUAACUGAUUUGCCGACGAUUGCUAGUGGGAAGUACUUUGCUUACCUUGAUCCACUGAAAGAAACAUUUGAAACGGAAGUGAAAAUGCUGGAUUUGCAAGAAAGCAGGUUCCAUAAGCACUGUGACUUCCGGGCAUUUAGCACCCUUCCAGAGAAGUUAACAAUGGUGGCUGAUGGCAAAUGUAAUGGUACUUUAUUUCGAUUUGCUCUACGUAGUUCAGAAUCAGAAAUUUCUAAAGUCUGUUAUGACGACAAGAGAUUCUCAGGACUAAUUAAGACAUUCAUGAAUGACGGCUACCUAAACCUACUGUUUUUAAAACGAAUUCAAUCCAUAAUGUUUUACGAAAUAGAGAAAGACUGUGCGGAUAUGGUUAACAUAUACACUUUGAAAUUAUCAGAAAAAUGUAGAAAUUUCGCCCAAAAGCGUCAAGAAUUUCUUACCAAUAUUAGUGCUAACGUGAAAAGAAAAGAAUUCCCGACUAUUGUUCUUAACCACGACGUUGAAAUUGAAGAAACAUGUAGUUCAGAAUUGAAGCAUUAUUCAUAUGCAGUGAGCGAAUAUUUUGGCUAUCAGGUAGAAGAUAGAGCAGAGGAUGAAUUUUUGGAGAUGAUAGUUGAUGUAGAUUUAUCCUACAUACCACUUGUUGCUGCAGCCAUGCCGCUUGAUUCCAAAGAUGGUGGUCAUGUUUUCUGUGGUCUGCCUCUACCUCUUCGUGAAAGAUGCAUGUCUGGUCUACCUGCGCAUGUGAACGGUUUCUUUGCUUUGGGGCCGGACAGAAAGGACCUGAAAUGGAAAGCAUUAGGUGCAGAAGAAAGUAAUGAUAAGUCGGUCAAUUGGAAUUUGCAUUUAAUUGAUAAACUGUUGCCAAAUGUGUUUUACAAUCUCAUUAUGUACUUAAUUGCGAGAGGAACAGACCUUUGUACUAUAAUCAAAUCGUGGCCAAUUGCAGAAAAAGUAAACGAGAAAUGGACAUCAUUUCUUUCAGAAUUUUUUCAACAGCUUUCUACCUCACCAUGUGUGUGUAUUGAAUACAAGAAAAAAUGGGUUAAACCUUGCGAUGCUCUCUUUAUCGACCAACGGAAUUUCACGUCAGAAAAGCAAUAUAAAACUUUAUGCAGAUUGCUUGAAGAAGCUGCGCUAAAUUUCACACAAAUGCCAGAGCAUAUUAAACGCUCCUUAAGAUCCGAAAAUGAGGUAUCAAAGAAUGAUGUACAAAGUGUUUUAAUGACAAAUCUGUCUCUGUAUCAAGCCAUGUCUGCAGAAGAGCAAUGCUUGAUCCUUUCCUACGCAAUCCAAGACGUGGAAGAUAUUUCUUGCUUGCAGGGUAUAAAGUUGUUACUGUUAAAGUCAGGGAGGUAUGCUUCCAUUGGUGAUCUUCAAGAAACAAUUUACAUACCAACGGAGAUCCAUCAUUGCAAUCUUUUCCCAUCUAUGGAAAGUAUACUUGAUCCUAAUUUUUUCUCCCUUGGUGGUGAAAGUGGCGAAGAAAUUUUGGAGUUGCUAAAGACACAAUCAGGAAAAUUCAACUUUAUUUUACUUGACAACUGGCAGAAAGUUAUUGAAGCACUUAAAUUGAAUCUCAAUGAAAGAAUGGGUGAUCAUAAACUGUAUGAUUGGCCCAAUGAUUUAUCCUAUCCUGGUAAGGACUGGCUUCAUUGCAUUUGGAAUUACCAACGUGAGCAGGCAAUUCCGAUUGAACAGUUGGACGGAGUAAAUCUAAUUCCUGUUUGGAAAGGAAAGAAAAGAUAUCUUUGUAAGGUAACAAAAAAAUCACUAGUGGUGUGCCAUGAGGAUCAACUAAAUAACGAAAAAACCUUACAAACGUUUUUGCAGGAAAUUGGCAUUGUAUUUUUUAAUGAAUCAUCCUUGGACACUCAUACGCUACAAAAUUUAAACUUGAUGGAAAGAGUCUUUUGUGCAACCGAUAUUGGAGGAAUACUACAAGCUAUACAGCACGCGGCGGACGAAGAAAAUGGAUUAAUGGUGAUACAAAAUGCUUUGGAUAAAACCCCACGUAUUUUAUCCAAUCAAAUACUCGCGCUAAUUGAGAGUCUACCUACCAUGCCGGAACAUUUAAAUGUUUUUUACAAUCUAAACUUGUUUAAAUGUUUUCACGGCGAUACGUUUGUAUCUAUAAAAGAAUGCAAAAUAGUAGACGCUGAUCAUAUUCCAAAUGGAGUUGAGUGGAGAUCAGAAUUUGAUCAUCUUGUCACCAUGCAGUCCUUAUCAACUAGAAUUAGAGAUCAUCAUUUUAAGGAGGUCCUUGUUAAUUGGUCAUUUGAAGAUAUCAUCGGUUACAUUCUCGACAAAAUCAACAUGCUGUCUUCCAGAGAAAGAAACAAUCUUUCCGAUUUUGUUUUAGAUGUCAUGGCUAAAAAGAAACUUUCAAGUGAAUUUGUGGGUAAAAUGAAGAAACAGAAUCUACUUGUUUGCACGAAAGAUGGAGAUUACUUACCACCCAACUUGCUGUUCAUUGAAAAUAAAGAGUUCUCUGCAGCUUUUUUUAAUGAAAAGAAUAAAUUUGCCCACGAAAAGUAUAACCCGGAAAUUCUGACACUCUUUGGACUAAAGACAACUAUAGCCCAAGUCAUGCUAGGUGACAUGGAAAACAGUAUACAAUCGAUCCUGGAAAACACAGAGAAACUUCUCGAGAAAAAUAGACAGGCAGUGCUGGAGAAAGUUCAGGCAAUCAUCUCCAUGAGCUUAAAAAGAGAUUUCAAUCUGUCAAAGUUUGAUCAAUUUUGUUGGGUUCCUGUACACAUGGAUAAACCUGCUGGUUAUCCUACUACUUUGCCAUGGUAUUGCAAUGAAAAUUGUAUUACUACGCAAUGCCCAUCGAAUGUUUUUUCAUUAAAACAUUCAAAAUUAGUAGGCUCUUCUGCGUGCAUUGUGCACAGUUUUCUUGAUCCUUUGUAUUCGCAGCUGGAAAAGGAUUUCUACCCAAGCAUUGAUAUCGUUGUUAAUCAUCUGAGUCGUAUGAUCGAAAUGUACAACGAUGAUGAAAGGGGAUCUUACAAAGAUAUGAUUGACUGCGUGUAUGAUUAUUUAGCCCAAUGUGAUAAUGUUCUUGUUGCAGAACGUUUUAAAGAUCCAAAAAUUAAAGUCUGGCAAGGCUCCUUAUUUGUGGACUACGAUAAAAUCCUUCUUAACAACAUGGAACUUGACGUUAGGCCGUAUUACCAUAGACUACCUAAUGGCAGCAAAUUAACAGGUAUCUUAAAAAAUUUGGGAUGUGCAAGUAAAACAGAACUUGAUAUAUACAUUGACGUAUUGCAUUGCAUCAAAGAAAACAAGGAAGUUGACUCUAAUGAUAGAUUUAAAGAUUUUAAUUUAACAGUGGAAAUUGUCAAGUACUUAGCUGAACACGUCUCAGACCUGUCAGACGAAAGUAAAGAUCGUAUCCUAGUUCCAUGUGAUUCAGUUGAUCUUGAAUUGGUGCCUUUAAAGAAAUGCUAUUAUCAUGAUUUUGAUGGAACUAAUUCUUUAAAUGAAAUGUCUUCUUGUAAUAUUUUACAUCAUCAUUUCAAUAAGGACGUGGCGGAGAAACUUGGCAUUGCUGACAUAUUAAGUCAUGUGUUAUCUGGAGAAGAUGGUUUGGAAUUUGAAUCCUGUGGCCAACACGAACCUUUGACCUUAAGAUUAAAAAAGCUACUAAAGGAUUAUGAAGAUGGCCUGGCCAUUCCUAAAGAGCUGAUUCAAAAUGCUGAUGAUGCUGGUGCAACAGAAGUAUAUUUUUUGUACGACCAACGUGAAAACAUGGACUUAAGGGGUUCAUUGAUAAACGAUGGCAUGAAAGAUUGGCAAGGUCCAGCCCUUUGGGUGUAUAACAAUGCCCAGUUUACAGAGGAAGAUUUUAGUAAUAUAACGAAGUUAAAUGCUGGAACCAAGGAGUAUGACACAACAAAGAUUGGCAAGUUUGGCUUGGGUUUUAGUGCAGUGUAUCAUCUUACCGAUGUUCCUAGUUUUCUCAGUGGAAACAAUAUGAUUAUAUUUGAUCCUCAUACUAAUUAUCUCGGCAAAGCUAUAAAAGACAAAACGCGACCUGGAAUCCGCAUUCCUCUAAAGAAAACUAACAACAGCAAGGCUUUUGUACUUUUUAAUGACCAAUUUAAGGUAUUUCACGGUGUAUUUGGCGUACAUUUAGAUUUCGCACAAGGAGAUGUUGAGCCCUUCCCUGGUACUUUGUUUAGAUUACCAUUGAGAAAAGCUAGCACUGCAGCUAGUAGUGAGAUCAAAAAUAUGGAAUAUAACAAUAAUGAAGUUGUGACGCUGUUUGAAAAGUUUAAGGAGUCUCUAGAUCAUUUGUUGCUGUUCACUGAGAAUGUGAGAGUUGUGAAAGUAUUGCAACUGCGCCCCAAUGCAACUGACCCAUCUACAGAAACAGAGUUGCUAUUUUCUAUUGAGAAAUUCCCAAAGAUUUUAAAAGAAAAAAACUUACUGCUUUCGGAUAGCAGUAUUUUGAAGAACGUUAAUCAUAUUUUAAAAGACAUGUCAUUGUUGAAGGCUGACGCUCUUCCAAGCGCCUUCAUUCAAGUUCAAACGAAUACAAUAAGAGGUAGAGAAAGGAUGGAGAAGAAUUGGUUUUUGUAUUUAACUGCGGGUUGUCCAGAAUCAUUUUACUUUGGAGAUAAAUACAAAGGGUUUAUCCCUUGCGGAGGAGUUGCUAUGGAGUAUUUAAAUGGUACAGAAAUUGCUUUACAAAGCCAAAUAUCUGAUAAGUUUUUGUUUUGCUUUCUGCCACUGCCGGAACCUAGUCUUCUACCUGCGCACAUUAACGGGGCAUUCGAAGUAUCUUCCGAUCGAAAGCAGUUGCAUAAAAAAAACAUGGAUGGUAAAAGAUCGAAUGACCCUGUUGAAUGGAAUACACUUCUAUGUAGAGGUGUUGGUCAAGCUUAUUUCAACUUAGUGCUUGAGCUAAAGGAUAAAUGCCAGCAUUUAUCAUUAUCAGAUUGGUUAAAGUUGCUUCCUGGACUUUCAAUGACAAACGGAACCAACCCGUGUAUGUUUGAUUUGGCCAAAACGUUAUUUUCUCUCAUGUUUCAGAGCAACGAAGCCUUAUUUCCAAGCACUGAAAAAGGUGUUUGGUGUACGUGGAAAGAUGUGAGGGUGCUUUGUGGAAGUUUCGAAACAAAUUUAGUUGAUCGAGCAAUCACAUAUGUAAAUUGGUACUAUAAAAAAAAGGCAACUCACAGGUAUUUUUGCCUGCCAUUUACAUUUGAAUUUCUUGACUUAUUGAAAGUGCUUGGAUUUGAAAAGGAAUUGUCAAUCAUAUCAGAGGACGAAUUCAUAGAAAUGUUUUUCGAACAAGUUGAAGAUAAUGAAUUGGAUAGUAAUCUUCGCAACGAGAUAGUAUUGAGUUUUCUCAAAAGAAAACCAGAUGAAGGUUUGCUAAAAAGUAUGUUGACUGGCACAAAAUGUAUUCCAACAACUCCGAAUGGCUUAUUGUGUUCACCAGAUAUGUUAAUCAAACCUGAAAGCAAAGCUGCAAAGCUAUACGAUCCUUCGAUAGAUGAAGUAUUUCCAUUGUCUAAAUUCGAUGUCCCUUAUCUUGAAACUUUAGGUAUGGAAAGUAAAAGCAUACUGUGGUCAAAAAUCCUGAACAGGUCAAAGUCUGUUUGUGUAUUAAAUUCAAAUGGAAAAUACAUUGAUGCUCGCAGUCGAAGUAAAUGGUUAAUUCCAUUUAUCGAAGAAAAACUUUUGGAACAAGCAGACGAAAUAGUGCAUUGGAUGAAUGAAUUAAUGGGCGUACCGUUUAUACCAACCAAACGAAAGUCAGAGAACUCUCUGUUUCCAAACUGGAAAAGUGACAGACAAUAUUUUGCUGCCCCAUGUGAUCUUUUAAGAUUGAAGUUUGAAAACAUUGCAUGCGUUACUUCUUUGAUUUGUGAUGAAGAUUUUGAUCAAUUGCUUCAGCGUUUGGGGGCAAAUGAAACUCCUUUGUUCGAUACAGUCAUGGAUCAGAUAAGAGAACUCAUUGAAAUUUAUGACUCCAGUAGAACAACUAAGGAAGAAUAUGUUAAAAUUCUUCAGUCACUGUACACGUAUUUAGACAUAGAUGGCAAUGUUACCGAAGAACAGUUUAAGCAACUGCAAUCAAUGAAGGUCUUGUACACCAACAAGUGUGAACUGGUGACUCCUGAAACUAUGUACUUCCAAAUUAACAAUUCAGUGAAUGAAAUCCCAGGCUACAUGUAUGAGUUGCCUGUCGUCUUAAGGUAUGAAUUUCCUAAGGUGAUGAGGAAAUUAAAAGUGAAAGAUUUCUGCGACGUUGAGGGUUAUCUUAAUGUUUUGGCAAAGGUUAAAGAAAUUCAGUUCAAUAUGCCUUUAGAAGACGAUCUACUGAACGCAGUUGUUCGAAUCUUUAAUUUUAUAACAGACUCGAGGAAUGUGGUAAGCGAAGAUGCGGAAGUUUUCUUGCCCGACAAGAAUAGAAAAAUGCAGGAAUGUAAAAAAAUGUGUUAUAAAGAUACGCACUGGAUGCCAGAAAAUCCUUCAACGCUCUACACGCAUAACGAUCUACUUCCAGAAAGAUGUGCACGACUAAAAAUAAAAGCAUCGAGAAAAGAACAUCUCAGUAGGAAAACUAGGGGCAUACCAUUUGGUCAAAAUGAAAAGCUUACAACUCGCUUAAAGAACUUGUUAAAAGGUUACUCCAGUGAGGACGACGUUCUGAAGGAACUAUUGCAGAAUGCUGACGAUGCUGGUGCUACAGAAGUUGAUUUCUUGUUAGAUAAAAGACGACACGACUCAGAAAAAGUGUUUUCAGACAAAUGGAAAGAAAUGCAGGGACCUGCUUUGUUAGUUGCCAAUAAUGGGGAAUUUACUGAAGAUAAUUUGCACGCUAUUCAUGAUUUAGGUGAAGGCAACAAGAGUAAAGAACCAUUAAAAACUGGGAAAUAUGGUGUGGGGUUUAACGCAGUGUAUGCCAUUACAGAUUGCCCAUCCUUCUUAACGCCUGUCAAGAAUGCUGAAGACGUAUUAGUAAUAUUUGAUCCCAAUUUGAAAUACGUGGAAAUUGCAAGCAAAGAAGAGCCUGGAAUAAUGUUUGAGAACGCUAGGAAAGAAUUAGAGAAUAUAUAUACGGAUGUGAAGUCGGCAUAUUUGUUUACGGAAUUCGACUCAACUCAGAAAACAUUGUUUAGGUUUCCUUUAAGAGAUAAGAAGAUGGUUAAGAAAUCCAACAUAAGUAGGAAGAUCACUACAGUCGCUACUGUUCAAAAACGAUUAAGGGAGUGGAUAAAGAAGGCACCAAACAUACUAUUGUUUUUACACAAUGUUAAAAAGCUGAAUUUUUGGACGUUUGAGAGGGGCAAAAAAACAGAAUGCGAGGUAAUCGAGGCAUUUGAUUACGGUGCUGAAGAAGUCGAUAAAAUGAACUAUAAGACGUUUCAAUUGGAACUGGCGGAUAAUUUAUCUAACAUAAACUUUGUUACUGACAACUACAAAAGACUGUCAAGAAGGUUGUGCAUACAACAUCGUUCAUACAAUUAUCAACACGUGGUUCACAUUGAUCUCAUUCAGCAAUGUGGUUUUUCUAGCAUGCAGCAACUUUCAGUUAAAAUGGGUGAGAUGAUUGAAUCAAAAGAAUUAUGUUUGCUACCUAAAGGUGCCGUUGCUACGAUAUCAACAGAUGAAACGUGCCAUCAUUGUAGAAAUGUACAGAAAAAACGAAAAGAUUCAAAUACAACAAUGGCUGGGCAAGUUUAUUGCUGCUUGCCUUUGCCUAUAACCAGCAUUUUACCAAUCGCAGUUAACGGUCAUUUCGUGUUAGAUUACGAAACCAGACGUAACUUAUGGAGUAAUAAGACAACGUUGGAGUAUAUUUGGAAUAAGGCAAUUUUGAAAUAUUGUAUUCUUCCCUGUUAUAUAGAAUAUUUAGAAAUGUGGAUAACAUCCUGCUUGUCUCAGCCCACAAAAGCCACAGAGCUGUCUACUCUAAAAGCAAGUUUCUACAAGUUGUUUCCACAUGCUCAGGAAUUUCUGGAAGAUUACUGGAAUUUUUUCAGUAGUGAAUUCUAUAAACGUGUGUUUUGGGAAGAUCUUUCGUUCAUGGUUGUAAUGAACUCUGCAAAGACGUGCCUAACUUUUUCGAAACCAAAAAGCGACUUUCUUGUUUAUAAAUUUUCGGAGGAAACUACACACAGUCUUCUGCAAACAUUACAGAAUGCGUUCAUAGAGGUCGAUACCGUAGACGAAGAAAUUGAAAGAAGCUUCUAUAUCUCUGGCGUACCGCUUACAGUAAUUAAUCAUGAUAUUGCGCGUAUUAGGCUAGGAGAGCAAAGGGAGAAAAUUAUACCUAACGAGGAAUCCAUACAUGUAUCGAAAAGUGUGUUUAAAAGUCUUAAACAUGUUAUUGAGCUUUUGCGCUACUGUUUACAUUUUGAAACCUCGACACUUCUGUCACAGCAAGCGAAAGACUUUCCAUAUAAAAACAGUCUGCAAGAUCUGCCUCUCUGUUUGUUGGCCAAUGGAUGUAUAGAGGUUUUUUCGAGUGCUAAUCCUAAAAUGUUUACACAAUUCUCAGAUAUAUUUGAGCCAAACAAGAAUCUCUUCAUUCAUAAAUUGUUUUGGCACCUGUUAAAGACCAUGGAAUUUUCUGCUGGUCACUUUAAUUGUUUACAAGAUUUCGAUCUAUCCAAGUUCAACGAACUGUUGAUGGGCUAUUUACCGACCCAUAUAUAUUUGGAUAGCAAAGAGUUGAUUCCUCUGAAUACAAAGGAAUCGAAAGAAAUUGUGACAGAAAAAUGGUUGCGAUGUGUUUGGAAGUUUUUGUCUUGUCAUGAACGUCCAGCCCUAGUAGAUUACAUUGGAAAGUGGUCAUUAUUACUGAUCAAAAGAAAUGACGAGUUAUUUCUUUCUCGGAUUAAUCAAUGCAGAAGUGUUCUUUACCUUGAUGGUCCUCACCGAUCAAGUGUGAACAAUCUCAUUAGUGUUCUCAGAUCUAAUGCAAUGGUGUAUGAACCAGCAAAAAGCAACGCUAAAUUUGAUACGCUAUACAAGAGUGAUUUUGCAGCAAAAUUAUUUGGGUCUAUUGAUGAUUUGGAUAAUUUUGUGGACGCAUUGCAUUUUUCAUACAGCAUUGAUCCCAGUGACUUUAUUGUCACUUCAGAUGAAGCUCAUGUGAUGUUACAACAUACAACUGAAAGAUAUGUUUCUUGCAACACUGUGCUGAAGCUAAAGGAAUUGCCACUAUUUGAACGAGUGGAUGGAAGUCUUGGAAAUGCUGUUGGGACAGUCGUUGUAUUACCUGGAGAUACACCAAAAAUUGAUUUCUCUGUGUUGGAAAAGGAAUUCGGAUGCGUCUUCCUUAAAGAAAACAUAUAUGUUUCUAAGCUGUUUAAGGCAAUAGGUUUGGACACGAUCAACUUACUUUCAUUUUUUUUGAGUUACACAUUUAGCAAGAUCCAUGUCUUAACCGAUAAAGAUAUCUAUGAAUGCAUUUUGUACGUGAAAAACCAUAUAUUAGUGUCAUAUAGUUGUUACGACGACCAGGAUAAAGCAAGAUUAAGGAAAUCUUUAAUGAGUUUAAAAUUUAUUUCAUGCGGUGACGGUUUAAAAAAAUGCGCAAGUGAAGUAUAUGAUCCAACCAUAGAUAUAUUUAAAUUGAUGCUCGAACCUACGGAAUUACUCCCUGAUAUAUAUAAAGAAAGCUCCUGGUUGAAAUUUUUUAGAGAAAUAGGCAUGAUACAAAAAUUGAAUGAAAACGAUUUUAAACGAUUUGCUAGAGCUCUAGUGAAAGAAGACAACAUUGAUAAAUUCUCAAAGGCGUCUAAGAUUCUCUGUGAGAACUUACAGUCUAAUUAUAAUUUCGGUAUUGGCUUAUAUAGCGCUACACUUUUGCUGAGCAUUCAGACACUCCCAUUUCUUCUCCCACGAAAAAUUAACCCAGAGCUUGAAAGUAUUUGCCCUAGUAAAAAUUCAAAGUUGAAGAAAAUCUGUUUUGAAAAUUCUUCGAUGCCAUCACAAAUUAAUUUGGUGUGGAGUGUCAAAGCCAUCCUUCCUGAUUAUGCGUGCAAUCUUCAACAAAGUCUCCUCAGUCAUCUUGGUGUGGCUACUGAUGAUAAAUUAGAUUUACUACUUGUUUUGGAAAACAUCAAGAAUGUAGUUAAAUCGGCCGCCAACCAAAUUAUUCCAGAUGAAAAAAGAAAAUUUUAUGUGGAGGUAUUCACUGCGUUCUACGAUUACCUUGACAAACAGAAUAUCACUUCAAAUACACAGUAUUUUCAAUCGAUACCUUGCAUUUUAACUGAUAAAGACAAACGUUUGGACAUUCCUAAUAAUGCAGUUUUGUCCGAAGACUGCAUCUUACCUCCUUACUUAAAUGCUGUAUCAGAGAAACAUGGAAAGCAUUUUGAUCUGUUCCGUCGUCUUGGCUGCAUGAAUAAACCACAACCAAAGCAUUACGUAAGAGUCAUUGGGGCCAUUCAUUCAAAAGCAAAACAAAAUCCUUUACAUAUUAACGAGCUGAUAACUGUUAAAAAGGCUGUUUGUUAUCUCAGUAAAUGCAGUGGACCAAUUGAACUUGACGACAUGGAUUUGUAUUUGCCAACUGGGACAUUUCAGGGUACUGAGAAUCGUUUGACACUUUCUCAAAAUGCCAUAUUCAGUAAUGACCCUAAUAGAGAAGAACGGUUAAAAAGAUUUACAGAGCAAAUAUUGCUAACCUCUUACGAUGAUAAGACGGACAUUAACGAAGAUUUGCUGAAGCGGCUGCCAUUGCAUAUGAAGCCGAAGUUAAUGAGUGACGUGUUGGAAGAGGUGUUAGUUUGCAAUUCACAGUCUUGUAGUGUUGAUGAUGACCAUAUUAGUAUGAAGAUCAAAAGCAGGCUUCGUUCGCUUUCAUUUUUGAGAGGUUUUGAACGGCUAAUGGAACAUGAAAGAAAAUCUAAAUGCAGUACUAUACCAGAAACAAGUGAUGACUUGGCAAUUCAUGAGAACAUCUUAAAAAGUAUAAAAAUGGUUGAAGUCAGUGUUUUUUCUAAUGUGACAACUAUGUACUACUACAAUAAUAGUGCUAUUCCUGAAAGUGAAGAAAAAAAGGAUAUGUAUUUGAAAUAUGUUGAUGGCAAGUUGAAAAUUGUGUUUUCGGAAGAUGCUGAGGAGAAUCCAAGUCUGUAUUUAGAGGUUGCUGCUGAAUUGUUAAAGAUUUUUAACAAUCCUUUAAAAGAGACGAAAAUGUUACUACCUACACUUUUGCAAGUGCCUUUAGAAGACACACCGAAUUUACUUGAUAGGCAUAGUAUAAAUAGGCACACAUCCAAAAUCGAGUGGGGAGAAAUACCUAGCCCUGGCGAUCUUGUUCCGUUGGAAUUAUAUUCAUUGCUUAUAAAUGAAUUCAGUGAUUUCGUAGAAGGUGAAUAUAUUGCUGUAGAAAGAGUGGAGCAGCGAGAUGAAACAGUCUUUGAGUAUGGUAUUAUUCGACGGAUCGAUGAGAAUAUAACGAAGAUUUUACGAGUUUACGGCGUGCAAAUGACAGAAGACGAGGAUAAGCUUACUGACAUUGGCAUCAUUCACUUGUAUCGAUUUCAACGGGAUUGCACGGUCUCAAACAUUGCACCGCAUGCAGAAACUACUUUCGAAAGUGCUAUCGAAAAGAUAAGGGAGAUACUUAGAGAGGCUAAGAAGUUUUCGCCGCAGGAGUUAGAAAAAGUAAUUCGAAGGUUGUACUUGGAAUGGCACCCCGAGAAGCAUCCCGACGGUUUAGACAUAACUUUAGUUGAAAAAGUAUUCAAAGCUCUUAAAAUCGAAAUAGAGAUGAUUAACAGCGAGGCUUCUAAAUAUUUUUCUUCUUGGAAUAAGAGGGCUAGGCGAGAAUACAGAUGUUAUCAGGAGUACCGUGUCCAUUUUGAACGGUCAGGAAGAAAAAGAAGUUUUAGUGAAACGUUGCCAACGUUUAAUGCGGGAAAUCCGCAACCAGUGGAAGCAAAGAGAUGGUUAAGACAAGCCGAGUUUGAUUUGACAGCUACUAUGAAUGAAUCUUCUCCUGAAUGGAAAUGUUUCAAAGCGCAUCAGGCUGCCGAGAAAGCCUUGAAAGCUGCAAAAUACCAAGAUGGUUAUGAAAGAACGCAGUCUCAUACUCUGUAUUAUAUAAGUAACGGAUUACCAUAUGAUCUAAAAACCUUGGCGUCGUCGUUGGAAUCUAAUAUCGGGUCGUCUGCCAGUAUGCGUUAUCCUGACAGGUGGGAAAGACCGUAUAUACCUCAUGACAAGUACGAUGAAGUAAAGGCUGAUCGAGUUUCAGAAAUGGCCGAAAAAAUUAUUAGUAAUGUGAAGGAAAGGAUGGCAAAAAUGGACAGCGACUCUGAAGAUUAAUUUUAUCUUUGCUAAAUGAACAAGAUGCAUACAUACGUGUACUGCCACGACAGUAAAGAAAAUCUUUAUGCAUUUAUCAAAACAAAAGUUUUUUGUUUUUGUUUUUGUUUAUUCUUCGAUUGUAUAUCAGAAUGAGAUACUUUAUCUCACGUUAUCAUUGCAUUGCAUUCUUGUAAAGCUAUCAAAAGUACAUUAGUUUUCUAAACCUGCAAUCUAAAUGAUUAUAGUAGUGCUUGUUCUCAGCAUGGGUUAAAAUUAGUGCAUACGAAAUAUUAUCUACCUGAUGUAUUUACUAUGCGCCUUAACUUCCAAAUUUUAUUUCGGAUUGCUAUGAUAACCAUUUGGUUCUAACCUAAAGUCCUAAUUAAUACAUUAAUAUGGUUUUCCGCUUAUAUUUUUUUGUUAUUACGGUUUAUAUAAAUAAAUUUGAUUAUUAUAUCUGUUUUGUUGCAAGUUUUAAUUACAUAUUUUUAAUAUAUUUUACCGACCCUACCAGCAGAAUUAUCUUGUAUGAUAUUAAUUGUUUCAAACACUUUGAUAAUCCCUACGCCUUUACUAGGAUUACCCUUCUUUGUAUGUUCAUGUUUGUCAAACUUUUUUUUGUUUCCACUGUGUAGUUUUUGUAACAAAGGUUUUUGGGUGUUUUUUUUCGAUUAUAUACUAGGUCUACAUGUUUUAUUUACCAUUAGCAUGGCACCACCGUAAAUUGAGCUCGCAAAAAAGUAGCUGUACAUUUCUGUUUAGUUUUUACCUAUAACAACCAAUCUAGCUAAAUACAUCGAAAAAUAUUGAGUAAAAAUAUGAGUUUGUUAUUAUUUCAACUUUAAGCAUUUUUGGGUAUAUGAUAAUCUUAUUGUAGAUGAUCUUAUUGUAUGUAAUUUUAUUAAAGGCUUGAUUGACAUGAUAAGUUACUUUUAUUAUAUUA